AUGUCCGGCGAAAUCAAGGAAGUGCUUAAUCGACUAGAUCGAGUAGAUAUUGAGGUUGCUAACGUGAACCUUCGACAAAAUCAGUUGAAAUCGGCGAAUGAGCAAGCAUUUUGUGAACUGAAAGAGACUAUCAUGGCGAGUCAAAACUCCGGUAAGGGCAAAGAAGCCAGCUCGGGGAAGGAGUAUAUUUGGGCACUGUCAGAUAGGUUUGGGGCAGAAUUUGAUGACCCUAUGAGUGAGUUAGUUAAAGUGAAGCAAAUUGGAGGAGUGGUUGAGUUUCAGGAGUUAUUUGAUAGAGUUAUGAAUAGGCUAAAUCUGGAGCCCGGUUAUGCUAUCAGCAUCUUUUUAGAGGGGCUGAAACCUGAAUUAGGGGAUGUUGUCAGGAUUCUCAAACCUUAUUCCUUACCUCAAGCCUAUCAUUUGGCUUGGUUACAGAAGUCAAUCUUUAUUAAACAAUCCAAAGCUUUGAAAACCUCCAUUCUACAAUCAUCUAAUAUCUUCAAUAGAACCCAUGUUGCAUCACAACAACCCACCUAUGCCAAACCUGUAACAACACAUGUUAACCAUUUACCAAAAUAUGUACAGAAUACAGUCCUUGAUAGGACUAAGAGGAGGAGACUCACCCCUGCAGAAUUGAGUGAGAAGAGAGCCAAGAGAUUGUGUUAUGUUUGUGAUGAAAAGUUUGAGCAUGGCCAUAUGUGUAAAGCCAGGGCUCAGUUGUACUUGCUGGAGUUAGAGGAAGUGGAGACAGUGGUGGAAAUUAAGGAAGAGCUGUUUAACAGGGAAGAGAUUGCAGAGACGUGUGAGAUCUCAAUUUAUGCUCUUCAUGGCACCAUAGGUUACAAGACAUUAAGACUCUCUAGCUACUGUCAACAGAGGCCACUCAAUAUCUUUAUCGAUACGGGAUCAACUCAUAACUUCAUUGACAAAGAUUUGGUGACUAAAAUGGGCUGGAAGGUGUUGCAGGAGUUUAAGAGAGUUUUCAGUGAACCAAAGGGGUUGCCCCCUUUCAGGGAACCUUUUGAUCAUCACAUUCCACUCAAAGAAGGGUCCAAUCCAGUAAAUACAAGGCCCUAUAACUAUUCUCCCGUGCAAAAAGAUGUUAUUGAAAGAGUGGUGCAGGAAUUACAAUUCCAGGGCUUAAUACAACACAGUAGUAGUCCAUUUGCGUCUCCAGUUGUAUUGGUAGGGAAGAAGGAUGGCAGUUGGAAAUUAUGCGUGGAUUACAGAGCUUUAAACCAGAUUACAAUUAAAGACAGGUACCAUAUACCUAUCAUUGAGGAGUUGUUGGAUGAAUUGAGGGGUUCACAAGUGUAUUUAAAGAUUGAUCUUCGAUCGGGCUAUCACCAAAUUAGGAUGGCACCCUCAGACAUUCACAAGACAGCUUUUAGGACCCAUUCCGGUCAUUACGAGUAUUUGGUGAUGCCAUUCGGCUUAACCAACGCUCCCUCUAAUUUUCAAGGGCCGAUGAACCACAUUUUUCAAGAACACUUGAGGAAGUUUAUCUUAGUGGUCUUUGAUGAUAAACUGAUUUUUAGUAAGACUAUGCAGGAUCAUGUGGUUCACUUAAAGGAGACCUUCAGAUUGUUGAUGCAGCACCAUCUCUUUGCUAGGAAAUCUAAAUGUCAUUUUGCUACAACAAGUGUGGAGUAUCUGGGACAUUAUAUCUCUGCCAAGGGGGUCUCUACUGACCCUAAGAAAAUCCAGGCAGAACAAGAGUGGCCAACCCCUUCUACUGUCAAGCAAUUAAGAGGCUUUUUGGGGUUGGCUGGAUAUUACAAGAGAUUCAUUAGGGGCUAUGGGCAGAUUAGCAAGCCCCUAAUUGAUUUGUUGAAGAGAGAUUGUUUCAAGUGGACUGAGACGUCAAGUGCAGCAUUUCAAUCAUUGAAAAAUGCUCUAACUACUGCACCAGUGUUAGCUCUGCCAAUUUCAGCUUGGUAUUUACAGUCGAAACUGAUGCGUCUGAUGUGGGAAUUGGAGCUGUGA